UGUGUAAGCGCUAUUGAUCACAGGCUUUUCACGUGCGAGUAUAAUCUGAUCAUUUUACAUUGUCCAUUUUACUGUUUGUGUCUUCUGAGCGAUCAAAUCUAUUCUUUAUAACAACGAGGACCCCUGCUACAGAUUAUAUUGGUAGUACAGGGGCAUGGCUGCUACCGCAUCGUCAGGCCGAUACGCGGGGAAAGUGACGAUAGUCACUGGAGGUAGUAAGGGAAUCGGUGAAGGAGUCGUACGUGAAUUCGUGAAAGCUGGAUCUAAAGUUGUGUUCUGUGCAAGAGGAGUUGAAGCAGGCAAGAAACUUGAGCAAGAAGUGAACUCUACUGGCCCAGGCGAGUCAUUUUUUAUACAGUGUGAUGUCACCAAAGAGGAGGACCUCAAGAAUGUUGUUGAUAAAGCUAUAGAGAAGUAUGGCCAACUGGAUUGCCUCAUCAACAAUGCUGGAACUCACCCAGAUGCAACCUCUAUAGAUGACACCUCUUUUCAAGAUUUCGAAAACCUUUUCAAACUCAAUGUUGUGAGCUACUUCAUCAUGUGCAAGAGAUCCCUCCCACACCUUCGUAAGACAAAGGGUAACAUCAUCAACAUGUCAAGCUUGGUCGCACUUAUUGGACAACAACAUGCAGUUUCAUAUGUAGCCACUAAGGGUGCCAUCACCUCGAUGACACGUGCUCUAGCCAUUGACGAGGCUGCUUAUGGCGUAAGAGUGAACAGCUUAUCGAUUGGAAAUGUUCUUACCCCCUUGUGGGAAUCAAAUGCUAGUGCAACUCCAGAUUACAAAAAGGCCAUACAAGAUGGAAUGGAUGCUCAGUUGCUGGGCCGCAUGGGAACUCUACACGAGAGUGGUCAAGCCUGCCUGUAUCUUGCUGCUGACGCAACAUUUACAACAGGCACAGACUUGUUGCUCACAGGGGGUGCCGAGCUCAAUUAUGGCAAGAAAACCAGAAUAGGGACCAGUAGCUGAUUGAAACUGUAGAUUUCCUUAUAUAUGAUGUAUGAUGUAUUAGGGAAAUGUGAUUAUAGAGCAAUCAGUCCAUAGAUUGUUUCACGAAUUUUGUAAAUUGAAAAUUUUAUCAAACGAAAGAAAUACUUAUGUAUCAUCUUUUUUUUAGUAAUAAACAGUAGACACAUGUU